AUGCUUGCGAUCAGAAGUCUAGCAUUGAUCCCUGCACGGCGCACAUUUGCGACUUCUUCGGCGACCAUGACACCCCGAAUCAGUGACAGGAUCAAGGAGGACCAUCGCGAGAUAGAAAGCUACUACAAUCAUAUCAUGAAGUCUCCCGAUGAGACUGAACGAAAGAAAUGGCAGAACCAGUUCACUUGGGAGGUGGCACGUCAUUCCAUUGGCGAAGAGCUCGUCGUCUAUCCUGCUUUUGAGAAAUAUCUGGCUACUGGUGCGCAAAUCGCCAACAAGGAUCGUGAAGAGCACCAAGCAGUCAAGGAGCAGCUGAAGCAAUUCCAAAACAUGAAGCCCUCGGAUCCGCAGUUCGUCCCUACCAUUGAGGCUCUGAUGGCUGAUCUGGCUCAGCACAUCAAAGAAGAGGAAACGAGCGAUCUACCCCAACUUGAAGAGGCUCUAUCGGCAGAAGAGAGCCAGAGCUACGCUACGUCGUUCGGAAGAACAAAGAUGUUCGUUCCCUCCCGCUCUCACCCCAGCGCGCCGAAUAAGCCGCCGUUCGAAACCGUUGUUGGCCUUAUGGCGGCUCCAAUCGAUCACCUUGCCGAUCUGUUCCGCAAAUGGCCUCACACUUCGGGCAUGCCAAAUCCCUCGAGCAAGUGA